GCAGCAUAAAUUGAAAGCAUGACCGACGAGGAAACCAACGAGCCUCCGUACGUGGUGGAGAAAGUUCUGGACAGGCGAAUCACCGCUGCCAGCAAGAUUGAGUACUAUCUCAAGUGGAAGGGCUACUCGGAGGCGGAGAACACCUGGGAGCCGGAGGAAAACCUGGAGUGCCCGGAACUGAUUGCCAAGUACGAGGAAGUUCGCCGGCUGAAGGAAUUCAAGGAGGCAAAGAAAAAGUCUGCCAAGAAGAAGCUGGAGGAGAUCACCAAACCCCGUGGCUAUGAGCGGGGACUGCAGCUGAAGGGAGUGUGUGGAGCCACGGAUUGCGGUGGGGAGCUGAUGUUCCUGGUCCAGUGGUACGGGUCAGAUGAGAUGGACAUUCUGCAAGCUACGGUCGUGAACGAAAAGAAUCCCACAAAGGUUAUUGAGUAUUACGAGGCCAAGAGUAAGGUGGUGGAGAAGGCACGGGAAAGGACAAAGUUUGCCGCGUACGAGGAGGAACGCCCGGAGGCCGGUGCUGGAGUUUGUGGCGACGUUGAGCAGGAGGUGAUGCAGGGGACGGAAAUUCCAGCUGAAUCGUUUGAACAGAUGAUGCAAGCUUAGGGUUCUAAUUUUAAGUGUAUCGAUAAGAAUGCAAAGAUAAAUCGAACUGAAAA